UUGAUAUGAUUGAAUGUAUCGGUCUUUUCGUUUCGUUGUCUUUACAUCGUCUAAAUUCCUCGGGAGCAUACUCGUAUUCUUUGAAGAACAUUUGAAAUCUUGUUCUAUUUAUAAAAGACUUCCUUUGAACUUUGUACGAUGCCUCUUUAUACUUUAGGUAAAAGUAAGGAGAAUAAUUUGUGUAUUCCCCUUUCCAAUCUGCCCUUUGUAUCAAAAAUUUACGGAGAUUCUGAGCUUGAAAUGAGGUCCAAACACGCAAAAUGCUUUUUUUCUUUCAGACUUGAUCAAUUCCCAGCAACAACAUCGACAGGAAAAGCAACAACAAGAUGGACAUUCAAUGGAUUUCGAGCGAAGUGGUGCUUUUUUAACAAUAUUUUUCUGAAUUUUUUGUUUUUAAUCUUUUUUAUUUUUUUAAAGUUUUUUUUGAAUAUUUUUUUUGUUUUUUAA